AUGCAGAAAGGGAUGAGGCUCAAUGAUGGCCACAUCACCUAUCUGGCGCUUUUGGCGAAGAAGGACGGGACGAGGCGAGGCUGCCUGAGCAAGAGGAGCUCGGACAACACAAAAUGGCAUUCAAAGUGGUUCGCCUUGUUGCAGAACAUGCUGUUUUAUUUCGAGAGCGACUCCAGCUCACGCCCCUCCGGACUGUACCUGUUGGAGGGAUGCGUGUGCGACAGGGCGCCGUCACCGAAACCGUCUCUGUCAGCGAAGGAAUGCUUGGAGAAGCAGUAUUAUUUCACUGUCACGUUUAAUCAUGACAACCAGAAGGCUUUGGAGCUGCGCACUGAGGACGUCAAGGACUGUGAUGAGUGGGUAGCUGCUAUCACACAGGCCAGUUACAGGAACCUGGCUACAGAGCAUGAGACCCUCAUGCAGAAGUACCUCCAUCUACUCCAAAUCGUGGAGACGGAGAAAACGGUUGCCAAGCAACUUCGACAACAGAUAGAGGAUGGGGAAAUCGAGAUAGAGCGGCUAAAAUCAGAGAUCGCUGGGCUGCUCAAAGACAAUGAGAAGAUCCAGUCGAAUCCAGAGGUUCCGCCCAGUGACGAUGACACCGAGAUCAAGAAGAUCAAAAAGGUCCAGAGCUUCCUGCGAGGUUGGAUUUGCCGCAGGAAGUGGAAGACCAUCAUCCAGGACUACAUUCGCUCGCCCCACGCUGAGAGCAUGAGGAAGAGGAACCAGGUGGUGUUUAGCAUGUUGGAGGCCGAAGCUGAAUACGUGCAGCAACUCCACAUUCUGGUCAACAACUUCCUGCGGCCGCUCCGCAUGGCCGCCAGCUCCAAGAAGCCGUCCAUUACCCACGAUGAUGUCAGCAGCAUCUUCCUUAACAGUGAGACCAUCAUGUUCCUCCACCAAAUCUUCUACCAGGGUCUGAAGGCCAGGAUAGCCAGCUGGCCGACACUGGUCCUGGCCGACUUGUUCGACAUCCUGCUGCCCAUGCUGAACAUCUACCAGGAGUUUGUGAGGAACCACCAGUACAGUCUGCAGAUCCUGGCCCACUGCAAACAGAACCGAGACUUUGACAAGCUGCUGAAGCAGUAUGAGGCCAAACCCGACUGUGAGGAGAGGACGCUGGAGACCUUCCUCACUUACCCCAUGUUUCAGAUCCCUCGUUACAUCCUGACGUUACAUGAGUUGUUGGCUCACACGCCCCAUGAGCAUGUGGAGAGAAAUAGUUUGGACUACGCUAAGUCAAAGUUGGAAGAACUUUCCAGAAUCAUGCAUGAUGAGGUGAGUGAAACGGAGAACAUCAGGAAGAACUUGGCGAUUGAGCGGAUGAUUGUGGAGGGUUGUGAGGUGCUGCUGGACACCAGUCAGACAUUCGUUAGGCAAGGUUCUCUGAUCCAGGUGCCUAUGAGUGAGAAAGGGAAGAUCACAAGGGGACGACUGGGCUCUCUAUCUCUGAAGAAGGAAGGCGAGAGACAGUGUUUCAUGUUCUCCAAACAUCUCAUCAUCUGUACCAGAGGCUCUGGAGGAAAACUCCACAUCACUAAGAACGGAGUGGUGUCUCUCAUAGACUGCACACUGAUGGAGGAGCCAGAGGGCACAGAUGAUGAAUCUAAAGGGGAGCGGAGCGGCCAGGACACUGAACAUCUGGACUUUAAAGUUAUGGUGGAGCCCAAAGACGUCCAGCCUUACACCGUCAUCCUGGUGGCUUCAUCCCGACAGGAGAAGUCGGCGUGGACCAGUGACAUCAGCCAGUGCAUUGACAACAUCCGCUGCAACGGUCUGAUGAUGAACGCCUUCGAGGAAAACAGUAAAGUCUCCGUGCCACAGAUGAUUAAGUCUGACACCAGCUUGUACUGUGAUGACGUUGACAUUCGCUUCAGUAAGAUGAUGAACUCCUGUAAGGUGCUGCAGAUCCGCUACGCCAGUGUGGAGCGCUUAUUGGAGAGGCUGACAGACCUGCGCUUCCUCUCCAUCGACUUCCUGAACACCUUUCUCCACUCCUACCGCGUCUUCACCAGCGCCGACGUGGUGCUGGACAAGCUAAUCACCAUAUACAAAAAGCCCAUCAGUGCCAUCCCUGCACGCUCUUUGGAGCUUUUCUUUGCCAGCAGCCAGAACAACAAACUCCUCUAUGGCGAGCCACCCACGUCGCCGCGUGCCAGCCGCAAGUUCUCCUCCCCUCCUCCUCUCUCCAUCACCAAGACGUCCUCGCCCAACCGUCGUCGCAAGCUUUCGCUCAACAUCCCCAUCAUCACAGGGGGCAAAGCCCUGGACCUGGCCGCGCUCAGCUGCUCCCCCAAUGGCUAUGCAAGCAUGCACACCACCAUGUCCCCCUUCAGUAAGACCACCCUCGACAUCAACAAGCUGUAUGUGUCCAGCACCAUGGCCAGCAAGAUCCCUGACGAGGGAGAGCCCAAAGCCGAAGGCAAGGCUGAGGAGAGUGUCCUCAACAAGCAAGAUCUUUCAGUGAGAGAGGAAUGUGAUGAGGAACCAGGUCAGAGUGACGAGGCAGAAGCAGAAAUGUCUCCUCCCAAGUCCCCAUCAACACCUAAGAAUGUCAAAUCAAAAAACUCUGAGUUUUCCCUGUUUUCCUUCAACAAUGGCAUGGUGGUGUCAUCUUGCCGGGAGCUGGACAAUAACCGCAGUGCCCUCUCUGCCGCCUCGGCCUUUGCCAUCGCCACAGCUGGUGCCAAUGAAGGCACGCCAACCAAGGAGAAGUACCGUCGUAUGUCCCUCGCCAGCACAGGUUUUCCUACGGACCAGAGGAACGGGGACAAAGAGUUUGUUAUCAGAAGAGCUGCCACAAACAGAGUCCUGAAUGUGCUGCGUCACUGGGUCUCCAAACACUCGCAGGACUUUGAGCUGAACACAGAGCUGAAGAUGCGGGUAAUUGGUUUCCUUGAGGAGGUGAUGCAUGACCCAGAGCUGCUGACACAGGAAAGAAAGGCAGCUGCCAACAUCAUCAGGACUCUUACUCAGGAGGACCCUGGAGACAACCAGGUCACCCUGGAGGAGAUCGCACAGAUGGCCAUGGAGGACUGUAAGACUGAACCAUUUGAGAGCCACUCUGCCCUGGAGAUAGCGGAGCAGCUCACACUGCUGGACCACCUGGUCUUCAAGGUCAUCCCAUACGAGGAGUUCUUCGGUCAAGGCUGGAUGAAGAACGACAAGAACGAGAGAACUCCGUACAUCAUGAAAACAACCAAGCAUUUCAACGAUAUCAGUAACAGGAUCGCCACAGAGAUCCUGCACUGGGACGAUGUCAACAUGCGUGUUGGGGUGAUGGAGAAAUGGGUGGCGGUGGCUGACAUCUGCCGCUGCCUCCACAACUACAACGCAGUGCUGGAGAUCACAUCCUCUCUGAACCGCAGCUCUAUCUUUCGCCUCAAGAAGACCUGGCUCAAAGUCUCCAAGCAGACAAAGACUGUGAUCGACAAGUUACAGAAGCUGGUGUCCUCAGAGGGACGGUUCAAAAACCUGAGAGAAGCUCUGAAGAACUGUGACCCUCCCUGUGUCCCCUAUCUGGGAAUGUACUUGACCGACCUGGCCUUCAUCGAGGAGGGAACGCCCAACUACACAGAGGACAACCUGGUCAACUUCUCUAAGAUGAGAAUGAUAUCCCACAUCAUCAGAGAGAUACGUCAGUUUCAGCAAACAGCUUACAAGAUUGAUAAUCAACCAAAGGUGGCAAAGUACUUGCUGGACUGUAGUACAGCUCUGGACGAGGAGAGCCUCUACGAAGCGUCUCUGAGAAUCGAGCCCAAAACUUCAUCAUGAGGAGGAUGUCCCUCAGCCCUCACAUGGACAGUACACAAACUAUAUAUCAUAAUGUACAUAUGCUAUUAUUUGUAUUAGACACAGUAGGCCGUUCUCUUCUGGUAUGUGUUCCCCAAUGGACCCGUUCUGUAUAACUGUUAUUAGAGACUUGAGUAGAAGCCCAGAGAGGUUUUAUUUAUAUAGUCACAGAGUAUUUAUAUGUUAUUUAUCGUCUUAAACUCCACUUCUCAAUGAAGCUAUUUUCAACCACAGAAUAAAUAAUAAUAAAAACAGCCAGGAGAUUACACAGACAUGAUACUUACCCUCAUCAUACUGGAAAUAUGCAGCAUAACAAAGACGCUCAUUCAUGAGAGGUGGCGGUCGCAUUCGACACAUGACCAUCAACCUUUCUGCUCACAUGUCAAAGUCAAGAGAGAACUGCAGAAAUAGAGAUAAAGACAUGUAAACGUGUUGGAGUCAAAGUAACGCACCUGCUGAUUCUGAUGGGGACUGUUUUUUUCAGUUUGAGGAGACGGGUUUUAAACGCUUAGCUUACUGUCAACUUAUUCCCCUGGUGGGCAUCAUGAUGUAUAUAUCCAGUAUAAGCACUGGACAUUGUAUGUAGCAGAUGUAACCAAUAUUGAGCCACUUCAGGAAGUUAAAUUCCCAGCUUUUACAUUCAAAACAGCGAGAGCAUAGCUUUUGUGGUUAAUCCUCUUUGGCCAGUGCAUUAUGGUUUUUGCCUUAAUCAUGAAAUGGAUUAUAUACCACAGAACUAUGUCAACUAUUUUAUUCUACAAUUUGCCAAAUGAAGCAGAGACACUUGCCCUGUACAAUAUUAAUGUACAGGCAGUCUGAUGCAUUUCCUGAUGUGCAAUGUGUUUAAAGACAUGUCCCUCAAAAUGUGUUAUUCUUAUGAUCGUUCAACUCUGUAAUAACUUUUUCCUGUGUAUGACACCUUAAAACAAAUGUUGAAAACAACUUAUAAGUGUAACACAUUCUGUAUCCUGUCUACAAUGUGUUAGCAGGAGCUAUAGUAAUAUUGUGCUUACUCUUGGAAUAUUUAUAUGUAUUUUUUACAGGCUUUGUAUAGAAAAACACCUAAAGCUUAAGUGGCAGGCAUGUACCACUUUCACGUGUUUAAAUCAAACCUAUAUCUAGAACAGUUCGUGUUCUGUAUUUACACCCCGCCCUUGCACAUGCAUCUUUACCCUCUAACAGGCACAUCAGAUGUUGCAGUGAGCAAUACCCAGUGGUAUGAGAAUUAUAUUUCAGUCUGUUUCAACAGCUUGAGUAAUAUUUCCAGUUUUGUAUAAAAGUGUAUUCUUUCCUGAUUACCUCUUGUUAAUAAAUCUAUUCUUUCUCAGGGGGAGAAGGCUCUGAAGGCUGCCGAGUGUUUGUUUUGUGCUGUAUUAGCCCAGGAGCUUCGUGGCUCUGGCUGUGUAGGGUGAACAAAUCAAAAGGGUUUCAGAGGAAGGGCGGUGUUGAGGGGGAGUUUUUGUAAAAAGCAGUGGACUCAUGUGAUGCUCUCUAAACUUCUCUGAGCUUGCAGAGUGGAAGUAUGGCUCUCGCUACUGUUUGGUUCCUCACCGCAAUUUUGACUCUUGUUCAUUUGAGACCAUUGACCACACUUGAAGAACAUCAAUUCAGACAAUGGAUGUUACAGCACAACAGAGUUUACAACACCGAGGAGGAGUUUUACCAGCGGAUCCAGAUAUUCAUGGAGAAUAAGAGAAUGAUUGAUCGUCAUAAUGCUGGGAAUCACUCCUACACAAUGGGCCUGAAUCAAUUCUCAGACUUGACAAAUGAGGAGUUUAGGAAGCUCUACCUAAUGUCAAGCACAUGGCCACAGAGAGAAGCAGAGGCAGAGACCAAAAGAGAUAUAUAAACACUGCUCUGGAUCAUGGACUUCACUCUGCUCGGACAUGCUGGCAAAGGUGGAAUAUGGUGCAAGGAUGUCAAUGGAGUGGAUGAUUCAAGAAUAAAUGUGUUUUAAACUCA